CACCCAAACCCUAGCCCCCCUUCCCCACUCCGCACCCGCGUCGCCGCCGUCCAUGGCCGACUCCCCGCGCAGGAGGUACUCAAGGUCCCCAUCACCUUACAGGGGGAACCCAAAAUCAAGAUCAAGAUCACGAUCGCCUGCAGCUCGAUCCCAGUCUAGGUCUCCAGUUGCUGACCCUAGGUCUCAGGCGAGGUCAAGAUCAAGAAGCCAUGAGAGGGAACCGGAUGCUGUAAAUCAUGGAAAUACACUGUAUGUGACCGGACUCUCUUCUAGAGUGACUGAAAGGGAACUUAAAGAUUACUUCUCUAAAGAAGGAAGGGUGGCUAGUUGCCAUGUUGUCCUUGAGCCCCAUACACGUGUCUCUCGUGGAUUUGCUUUUGUUACCAUGGAUACCGUUGAAGAUGCUGAACGCUGCAUCAAGUAUCUUAACCAGUCUGUAAUGGAAGGCCGAAACAUCACAGUUGAAAAGUCACGUCGAGGUCGCCCAAGGACACCAACACCUGGAAGCUAUCUCGGACAUCGAUAUGACCGUAGAGAGCCACGUGGGAGAUACCGCGGCAGAGGAGGCGGCUAUGGUCGUGAUGAAUACUAUGGCAAUAGCUACCGCAGGUCCCCGCCUCCAAUGUACCAGUCCUACAGGGACACACGGGACUACCCUCCAUACAGGGACACCAGAGACUACUCCCCUCCACACAGGGAUGCUCGAGAUUACUACGAAGGCAGGGGUGGAAGGGGAUACUCCCCCCACAGAUCUCCUUAUGGUGGCAGGGCCCGAAGGGAGCGAUCCAGAUCGUUGCCGUAUUCUCCCUACCGGAUGCCCGAGAGAGGCUACGGGCGCCGAGCUGGUGGUGGUGGCUAUGACAGGUAAGCAUGCUUGCUUGGCCAUUAUUGCACUAGAAACCUGGAUUUCAAGCAAACUUGCUGUUCCUGCUCCUUUUGUUAUCCCUGAUGAUGGUAGAUUUCUGUAGCUUGUACUGUUUUCAAAAGGUGCAUUCCUGGAUUUAA